UGGAUAAAGAAGAAAAACUGGCCUUGUUUCAGACCUAUCAAUGAUAUCACGUGAUUUUUUCCCUCAACGAGAUUUUGCGAGAUUUCAAAUAUGGCAGUCGAAAUUGAAUCCACAGAUGUUGUGCGUUUGAUAGAGCAAUAUCUAAAAGAGAGCAACUUGAUGCGAACAUUAUCUGUCCUUCAAGAGGAAAGUGGUAUAUCACUGAACACUGUUGAUUCAGUUGACAGUUUCAUAUCAGACAUCAACAAUGGACACUGGGAUACAGUGCUUCAGGCCAUACAGUCGCUCAAACUUCCCGACCAGAAACUCAUUGAUCUCUAUGAACAGAUUGUUCUAGAACUGAUAGAAUUGAGAGAGUUGGGUGCUGCAAGAUCAUUACUAAGACAGACAGAUCCCAUGAUCAUGAUGAAACAGAGUCAAGCUGACAGAUAUGUGCAUCUUGAGAACAUGCUGGCAAGAUCCUACUUUGAUCCUCGUGAGGCAUACCCAGAAGGUCAGACUAAGGAAAGACGAAGGGCAGCUAUAGCUCAGGCAUUGUCUGGAGAGGUGAAUGUUGUCCCUCCUUCACGUCUUCUUGCCCUCCUUGGUCAAGCCCUCAAAUGGCAGCAGCAUCAAGGAUUGCUCCCUCCAGGUACCACAAUUGAUGUGUUCAGGGGAAAGGCUGCAGUGAAAGAACAAGAAGAUGAAAGAUACCCAACACAGCUUAGUAAAAGCAUUAAGUUUGGCCAGAAGUCUCAUGUAGAAUGCACAAGGUUCUCACCAGAUGGCCAAUAUCUCGUCACUGGAUCUGUCGACGGCUUCCUAGAGGUGUGGAACUUCACAACAGGCAAGAUUAGAAAGGAUCUCAAGUACCAGGCUCAGGAUAACUUCAUGAUGAUGGAUGAUGCAGUUUUAUCAAUGAACUUCAGCAGAGACUCAGAGAUGCUGGCAUCUGGGGGACAAGAUGGGAAAAUUAAGGUGUGGAAGAUCAGUACAGGUCAAUGUUUGCGGAGGUUUGAGAGAGCUCAUGGUAAAGGUGUCACCUGUGUAUGUUUCUCUAAAGACAGUAGCCAGCUUCUCAGUGCAUCAUUUGAUCAAACAAUAAGAGUUCAUGGUUUAAAGUCAGGGAAGGCAUUGAAGGAGUUCAGAGGUCAUUCAUCAUUUGUGAAUGAUGCCGUGUUUGCUCCAGAUGGACACCAUAUUCUCAGCACAAGUUCUGAUGGCACCAUCAAAGUUUGGAAUCUUAAAAGUACUGAAUGUCAAAACACAUUCAAGUCACUAGGUGGAGUAGCAGGAAGUGAUAUCACAGUCCAUAGUGUGCACCCUCUCCCUAGAAAUGUGGAACAAUUUGUUGUUUGUAACAGAUCUAACACAGUGGUCAUAAUGAACAUGCAGGGACAGAUUGUGAGAAGUUUCUCCAGUGGUAAAAGAGAGGGUGGGGACUUUGUAUGUUGCACUGUAUCACCAAGGGGAGAGUGGAUAUACUGUGUGGGGGAAGACAUGGUGCUGUAUUGCUUCAGUAUCUCCAGUGGGAAAUUAGAGAGGACUCUUACAGUCCAUGAAAAAGAUGUGAUAGGAAUUGUACACCAUCCUCAUCAGAAUCUGAUUGGGACUUACUCAGAAGAUGGACUCUUGAAACUAUGGAAACCAUAAAA